CGAAAUAUCUCCCCUUCACAUACCACCUGAGCAACCAUACCUUCUUCCAUCACUACCGCCGAAAUGUCCUCUCGCUUCGUCGAGAACCUCGAUGAGGUUCCCAUUACCCACCCUCAUCUCAACGUCUCAUUGGAUGACAUCCUCGCUGAGGAGGGUCGCAAGCGUUCGACAUCUCAGUCAUCGAACAGUUCACACACUGCCCGUUCCGGAAGUGACUCAGUGUCAAGUCCCACGUCGCCAACCAGCGAAAGCAAGAUGAACGGCCUCAAGAGGAGGGCCCUGGCUCUUGGUAGCAAGAAGGGUCGCCCGUAGUCGAAAAAGGUUGCGAAAGGACUGCCAUCGCGAUCUCAGCUUGGACUACGUCGGGACUACCUUUCAAUAUUGUCAGCACACACCAAAACACCACACCAUCUCGACCAAGCGUUGGAAGAGAAAUACCCCACGUAGAUCUGCGAUCAGCCGUCACAGAUCUACAAACUCGUUCAGACAUAUAGUCGAACAUACCCCAUCAACUCCGUCCCCACGAGUCGCGUAGCUUCGCCCGUUCAUGGCAGCCACGUACUGCCGCAUGAUGGAGGAAUGCUUGUGCCGCUUAAGAUUGUGCCGCAAUGGCGCGACAUAGCAGGCGAAGAGGAAGGAGGAGAAGCGCAGCAAGUCGCGGGGAGGGUUGCCUGUACAUUAGUCUAUCGAAAGCAGCAGCAACUACAACACACUUCAA